CCCGCGCUUCCUCGUUGGUUUUUCGACAUGUACAAAUGACCUGUCGUGCAGCAUGGGGCUGCUCCACCUGCGAGACUUGUGGGAAGAUUUUACAUCGCUUUCCCCACAACCCAGAAAUAAGACAAAUAUGGGAAGUAAAGGUUCGCCAUCAACACUGAAGAGCCAGCGACUACAGCGUCUUUUGUGCGAGUUGGCGUCUGUGGUCUGCUGAGAACGCGGACUGGCCCUGAGUUGUGCUGAGUUGUGCGCAGAUUGGCAAUGAUCUUGUCACAGGUGCAUGACGAAAGGAGUGCCAUCAACUUCCCCUCAUGUUUCAGAGGAAGUCAAAGAUGAAGAAGCCACGUUUGAGUCUGCAUCCACCUCAUCAACAGCAGCCUGAGUCCACACCACUUAUCAGUGCUGGUGCAACACAAGCUUGGAAACAUUCUCCUUACCACAUUUUACAUCUACUGGACCUGUUCUACAUGCUUUUAUCACUCUGCUCACUCCCAACUCGUUUUACUCCUCAUCUCUUGGCAGGCCCACGUUGCCCAGAUGGUCAGAGUGAGGAAGAGGAGGGCCCUGGUGGUCGUACUUUGUCUGUGUGCCUUGGGUAUGGUCUCUAUAUCCAAAUGGAAUAAGAUGUCCUUGUAUCUGGAAAAGUGGCUUGAGUUGAAGUCAUGCAACUGCCAGAAAUGUUUGAAUGACACCAACAAGGACAUUCAAGAACUUUUGGCCGUGUCGCCGAAGCCCUUCUUGUCCAAGGGCGACACAAUCUCUGAGUCAGAUUUUUACCGGUGGAGGCGUUUGAAGGGGGAUAAGCGUUCCUUCGACUUCUUCAAGAUAAGUGCCAAACAACUAUUCACCGUCUUUCCAGCCGUGCCCAAACUGGAGGAGCCGUCGCCUUACCGCUGCAGGAAGUGCGCGGUGGUGGGCAAUUCUGGCAACCUCAAUGGUUCACGCUACGGAGAACUGAUUGAUGACCACAACAUCGUGAUCAGAAUGAACGGAGGGCGCACCAAAGGCCACGAGACAGACGUGGGCAGCAAGACGACUCAUCACGCCAUGUAUCCUGAGAGCGCCAGAUAUUUGGACAACACCACACAUCUCGUCUUCUUACCAUUCAGUGUCAGGGACUUCCUGUGGCUGCUCAGUACCUUUACUCCCAGAGAAAACGGUGAGAAGAACCCAGCGCAGCGAGGCAACAAGGACUUGGUGAUGAUCGUCAACCCCACUUUCAUAAACUACGCCGAUCAAGUCUGGAUGAAGAACAAAGGCUACUACCCAUCCACCGGAUUUAUUGUCUUUGUUCUCAGCUUGCAGAUGUGUGAUGAGGUGAGUGUUUUUGGGUAUGGAGCAGACGGAGAUGGAAACUGGUCCCAUUAUUAUGAAAUCCUACGGAACAAAGAGCUGAGAACUGGACUUCACCCUGGCGUGCAUGAGUAUAACAUGUUGCAAGAGUUGCACCGCAAUCAUGUCAUUCGUUUUUAUAAAGGAGUCUAAUGUUUGUCUAAUAUUAAUCAUCUUUUUUUUUUUACGUACGUCAGCUGCUUUUUGAAGCACUUGCUUAUUUCGACGCAAUUUUCAUUAUUUCACUUUGUAGCCACAAUUCAGUAUUUUUGUGCUCUCAUUUGUCCCAGGUAACAAAAUAUUAGCUUUUGAAUCAAUGUCUUUCAUUGUUUAUGUUGCAAGCCAAGUGAUACAAAUUAUUUCUGCCACACUAGAUUGGCUGCUGGAUGCCUCGUUUACACUAAUGACGUACAUUAAAACAUGGACUCUUACUUUUUAAUAGGAAGGAAAAAUCAUUGUCAUAUAUCAGAGGCAUUCAAAGUGUGGCCCGCAGCUUGUUUUCUUUGUGGCACAUUUUGAAAAUACUAGUUGGGAAAAAAAACAUGAAAAAGUGGAAUAAAAGAGCAUACAGGUGAAAUAUACAGUAAAAAAGUUACAAUGCUGACUCUAAUAACACAAAUCUACAAUGCAGGCUGAUUUUGUUUCUUUAAAACUGUCAUUGCCCCGAAA